AGAAAUUAUAUCAGAGGGCUGGCGCUUUGCUUGCCGCUGGUCUUCUCAAGAAAAAACGCCCACUUCUCUUCCCCCGUAACCUCCUCCUUCCCCUCUCCUUUUCUUUUCGCUUUCGCGAAGAAGUCCUUCCUCCUUGGUCCGCCCGCCCAAACCCUAACCCCACGGGACCCAGCGAUCGUCGCCGAGGUAUCGAGAACCGGCCAUGGCGGAGAGCCUCGAGGACAAAUUGGUCUAUUUCCAGGCCAUCACCGGCCUCGAGGACCCCGAUCUCUGCACCGAGAUUCUCUCCGCCCACAACUGGGAUCUCGAGCUCGCCAUCUCCGCUUUCACCUCCUCCUCUAUCAAUCCCUCCCCCAAUUCCUCCUUCUCCGCCCCCGCCGCCAGUGGCAGUGAUCCCAAUCUGACCGAGUCCUCCCUUGCCCGCCAUGAUUCCAGCGACCCCGCCCCGCCAGGCCUCGCCUGGAAGCUCAUCACCCUCCCCUUCUACGUCGUCUCCGGUGGCGUCGGCCUCAUCACUGGAGCCGUCGGCCUUGGCGUUUGGAUCGCUGGCGGCAUCAUCUCCCGCUCCCUCAACCUUCUCGGCCUCGCCGCCUCCCGUGGGCCCGAGGCCGACAGGCUGGUCCCCCUCUCGGCGUCCGCGGCCGAGGCCGCGGACUUCGUCGUGGCCUUUGAGAGGGACUUUGGAGGGGCCGGUUCUGGGGUUCGGUUCGUGUUGGAGGGUUUCAUGGACGCCCUCCAGCGGUCGCAGCAGGAGUAUAAGCUUUUGUUCGUGUACCUGCACUCGCCGGACCACCCGGACGUGCCGGCCUUCUGCUCGGAAUGCCUGUGCACGGCUCCGGUCGCAGAGUUUGUGAACGAGAACUUUGUGGCUUGGGGCGGGAGCAUUAAGAGGACAGAAGGGUUCAAUAUGAGUAACAGCCUCAAGGCAUCUCGUUUCCCUUUCUGUGCCGUUGUCGUACCCUCUGCCAACCAGCGCAUUGUGCUCCUUCAGCAGAUUGAGGGACCCAUAUCUUCUGAAGAAAUGCUUGCAAUCCUUCAGCGAGUCAUAGAAGAGUGUACACCAUCUCUAGUUGCAGCAAGGCUUGAGGAAGAAGAAAGGAGAAACAACCAGCAUCUGAGAGAGGAGCAAGAUGCUGCAUAUAGAGCAGCACUUGAAGCUGAUCAAGCUAGAGAGCGUCAGAGAAAAGAAGAACAAGAGAGGUUGGAAAGAGAAGCUGCAGAAGCUGAGAGGAAGCAUAAGGAGGAAGAAGAGACUCGGGAAAAAGCAGCUCGUGAAGCUGCUGAAAAGGAAGCUGUUUUAGCUAGAAGGCGGCAAGAGAAAGCAAUAUCACUGGGUGUUGAACCUGAAAAAGGACCGGAUGUUACACAAGUUCUUGUCCGAUUUCCUUCUGGAGAGCGCAAGGAAAGAAAGUUCCACAGUUCAGCUAUGAUCACCUCCCUCUAUGACUAUGUUGAUUCUUUGGAUUGCUUUAAAGUUGAGAAAUACACCCUGGUCUCAAACUUCCCUCGCAUCUCCUAUGGUCCAGAAAAGCAUUCACUGACAUUGAAAGAAGCAGGAUUGCAUCCACAAGCAAGCUUAUUUGUUGAGGUGGACUCAUGAUCGGAAUUAUCAGGGGAUGAUGUCCUGGUGUUUAAACAUGAAAAUUUUAUGCCCAGUGUAGAUAUUUCUUUUACUUACUUUUAAUACAAGGAAAGUAGAGGUAAGUACUUCACUGUGUGAGCAUUUCCCUGAUAUACUGCCCUCUGUACGUUUAGGUUAUCAUAAAAAUACAUUAUAAUACUUCUGUGAAGAUCAGUUCGCUGUUUUUCCCUCUUAUGCAAUAAAGUAACGAUCCCAUUCUCAGUU